AUGCCUGGUUACCCCUCGCUGGUCGAGCUGUUGGGCUUAAUUGUGUCAUUCAGAGAAGUUUCAGCUGCUGUCUCGGACAUGGGCCACGAAGCCGGGCCCGGCCCGACAUGUCCUAUGCCUUAUCAAGGCUUUUAUCCCCUGUUCAAAAUUAUAUUAGUUGAGCCGCAACGCGCCACAGUGGACCAGAGCAAAGUCCGCAAGUCUGUCCGUACUGCCAUAGCCGGCGGAUGGACAGCCCUCAGCGCCGUCGAGGACACCAUUCUAGUUACGAUGGUUGAUACAUGGCUGCGGCGGAAGCCACACGGUCUGGCCGCCGUGGCCCGGGGGCUUCAAGUGCCGAGAUCAGGCCAACAAGAAAUUUUGACAUGA